CAAGGAAAUAAAUAAGUAGUUACAAAUAAUACAAAAUGCCACUAACAAGAGCCGAUGAGCUACCAGAAAAUCCCCGGGAGAGCUCCAACCCAAUUUCGGAGGUAAUGUUCUGCUUUGUAUUCCCUGUGUUCUUCAAAGGCCGUAAAAAGACUUUACAACAACCAGAUUUAUAUUGUCCCUUAAAGGAACACAAAUCAGAUACUCUUGGAGAUCGCUUAAGCGCAGCCUGGGAUGAAGAAGUAAUUCAGAGAUCAGCCCAAAAGAAACAGCCUCGAUUAGGGCGUGUUAUGGUCCGCAUCUUUGGCUUCCAUCUGUUUAUCACUGGAGUGUUAAUGGGAUCUAAGGAAUUUUUUACCAAAGUAACCCAGCCCAUUUUCCUCUAUGGUCUUAUGUCCUACUUUUCGGGUGAGGAUCCAGACCCAAUGAAGGCGAAAUUCUAUGCAGUUGCCCUGAUGGUUGGUUCCGUGCUCUCAGUUGUCACACAACAUCCCUUAAUGCUCGGCAUAGUCCAUCUGGGCAUGAAAAUGCGUGUUGCGCUGAGCAGCUUGGUAUAUCGGAAGGCUCUGCGCUUGAGCCAUAAUGCUUUGGGAGACACAUCGAUUGGUCAGGUGGUAAAUCUGCUGUCCAACGAUGUGGGACGCUUCGAUUCAGUGUUGGUCAAUUUACAUUAUAUCUGGCUGGGUCCACUGGAAUUGGUGGUAAUAACCUAUCUAAUGUUUGAAAAGAUUGGCGUCGCUUGCUUCUUUGGCAUUGCUCUUAUGUUGCUUGUCAUGCCCCUACAAUCUUAUCUGGCGAAGAAGACAUCGACGCUGAGGCUGCAUACAGCUCUACGCACUGACGAGCGCGUUCGAUUGAUGAACGAGAUCAUUUCGGGCAUUCAGGUGAUUAAGAUGUAUGCCUGGGAGAAGCCCUUUGGAAAACUCGUUGAGUUAACGCGCCUAAACGAGAUGGUCUGCAUUAAGAAAGUCAACUAUAUUCGUGGCAUUCUCAUUGCUUUUGGCAUGUGUCUAUCUCGCACAUUUACCUUCGUUAGUCUAGUUGGAUUUGUACUACUGGGAAACAUAUUGACUGCCGGACAAGCCUUUUUCAUCACGGCGUACUUUACUUUGCUUCAACGAACGUUCACCAAUUUCUUUCCCAUUAGCAUAACUCAACUCUUGGAACUUGUGGUAACCAUCAAGCGUCUGGAAACCUUUAUGCAUAGAGAGGAGAUUCUAAGACUGGACAAAUCUGAUACAAUGCUGUCACCUGUAUUUGACAAGAGAAAAAGUGAUAAAGAAAACGGGGCUCUCAUCGGAGAUGUGACUAAAAAAAAUAGCAAUGAGCAGACGCUUGUUGAAUUCAACGAAUUCCAUGCCAAGUGGGAUGCCAAAGCAACUGAGAACACUCUAGACAACAUCAAUCUCAAACUAGGUCGUCGUCAACUGGUGGCCGUGAUUGGACCUGUCGGCUCAGGCAAGUCCAGCCUCAUACAAUCCAUUCUCGGCGAACUGCCCGUUGGGAAGGGAAGCCUCAAAGUUAAUGGCAAAUAUUCCUACGCCUCCCAGGAGCCGUGGCUCUUCACGGGAACUGUUCGUGAAAAUAUACUCUUUGGAUUGACUCUGGAUAAGCAUCGCUAUCGCACAGUGGUGAAGAAGUGUGCCCUUGAGCGUGACUUUGAGCUACUUCCUCAUGGUGAUAAGACGAUCGUUGGUGAGCGAGGAGCUUCACUCUCUGGUGGACAGAAGGCACGCAUCAGUCUGGCAAGGGCUGUGUACCGUCGUGCGGAGAUCUACCUCCUAGAUGAUCCACUCAGCGCUGUGGAUACUCAUGUGGGUCGGCACUUGUUCGAUCAGUGCAUGAGAGGCUAUCUGAGAAGUGAGUUAGUCAUCCUGGUCACACAUCAGCUGCAGUUCCUGGAGCACGCCGAUCUCAUUGUCAUUAUGGAUAAGGGUAAAAUUAGUGCAAUGGGCACAUAUGCCACAAUGCAGCAGAGUGGCUUGAACUUUGCACAACUGCUUAUACGUCCCAACAAGGGCGAUGACGAGCUAAAUGAAAAUAUGAAUGAUGCUUGUGAAAGAUUUGAUAAUACAAAGUCACAAAAGAUUUUACGCCAGACGUCACAAGCAGAGAGUAUAAAUUCAAUGAGCUCUCUGACCGAAUCCAUUGCUCAAGAUGAGCCGCUGACUGUGCAAGAAAGUCGAUCCGAGGGCAAGAUCGGUUUGGGUAUCUAUAAGGAAUAUUAUGCGGCAGGCAGCAGUUGGCUUUUAAUAUGCUUUCUAUUGUUCCUUUGUGUGGGCACGCAGAUUGUGGCUUCCGUAACUGAUGUUUUCCUUGCUUACUGGGUUGACAAGAAUGAAACAGCAGAUGACUCGGAUCCCGUCGAUAUCUAUUACUUCACUGCCCUUAAUAUAGCGGCCCUCUUGCUUACAUUGGGACGGACUAUGCUAUUCUAUAAUCUGGCCAUGCGGAGUUCUACUGAGCUUCAUAAUUCCAUGUUCCGUGGCAUCACAAGAGCGGCAAUGUACUUCUUCAAUACGAAUCCCUCGGGUCGGAUACUAAAUCGGUUCUCAAAGGAUCUCGGCCAGAUAGAUGAACUUCUGCCAACCGUAAUGUUGGACGUGCUACAGGUUUCCCUCAUAUUGACUGGAAUCAUUGUUGUCAUCUGCGUUAUAAACCCCUAUUAUAUAAUCUUAUCUGUUGUGCUGGGAAUAAUUUUCUAUAACAUAAGAGAGUUUUAUCUGAAGACAUCAAGAGAUGUAAAACGCCUGGAGGCAGUUGCCAGAUCUCCCAUAUAUUCCCAUCUCGGCGCCUCUCUAAAUGGACUCACCACUAUAAGAGCACUGGACGCAGAGAAGACAUUGAUUUCCGAGUUUGAUAAUCUGCAGGAUCUGCACAGCUCCGGUUACUACACAUUUCUCGCUACUAAUCGUGCUUUUGGCUAUUACUUGGAUCUCUUGUGCACACUGUACAUUGUAAUGAUUACAAUCAAUUACUUCAUUAAUCCGCCUGAAAAUUCCGGUGAGGUUGGAUUAGCUAUAACCCAGGCCAUUGGAUUGACUGGUAUGAUUCAAUGGGGCAUGCGGCAAUCGGCGGAGCUGGAGAACGCCAUGACAGCCGUUGAACGUGUAGUGGAGUACGAUGAGAUCGAGCCAGAGGGUGAAUAUGAGUCGGAGCUGAACAGGAAACCACCCAUCACCUGGCCGGAACACGGAAAGAUAGUGGCCGAUGAUCUAAGUCUACGCUAUUUCCCCGAUCCGCAAUCCAAGUAUGUGCUCAAGUCGCUCAACUUCGAGAUCAAACCCAUGGAAAAGGUGGGCAUUGUGGGUCGUACGGGUGCUGGCAAAUCAUCGCUUAUCAACGCCCUCUUCCGUCUGUCCUACAACGAUGGCUCUAUCAUCAUCGACAGCCGCGAUACCAACGAACUAGGACUACACGAUCUGCGAAGCAAGAUCUCCAUUAUCCCACAGGAACCGGUACUGUUUUCGGGCAGCAUGCGCUACAAUCUUGAUCCCUUCGAGGAAUACAGCGAUGCCAAGCUGUGGGAUGCUUUGGAAGAGGUCAAGUUGAAGCCCGUCAUCAGCGAUCUUCCGAGUGGACUCCAGAGUAAAAUCUCCGAGGGAGGCACCAACUUUAGUGUGGGUCAGAGGCAGCUGGUGUGUUUGGCACGAGCCAUUCUUCGGGAGAACCGUAUUCUGGUCAUGGAUGAGGCCACAGCCAAUGUGGAUCCACAGACAGAUGCCCUCAUUCAGACGACGAUUAGGAACAAGUUCAGGGAGUGCACAGUUCUGACAAUAGCCCAUCGCCUGAACACGAUUAUGGACUCGGAUAAGGUGAUAGUCAUGGAUGCUGGCCAAAUAGUCGAGUUUGGAUCACCUUACGAACUCCUUACUCAGUGUGAGUCGAAGGUCUUCCAUGGCAUGGUCAUGGAGACAGGUCAAAGUAGCUUUGAUAGUCUGCUGAGGGUAGCAGAAAAGGCUCAUUUGGAAUCACAGAAGUCGAAGACUGCCUAGAACUAAUGCAGAAUCUGAAGGCAAUACAAUUUUCACAUUAGUUAGUUUUAAAUACAAGUCUCAUAAAACAUAUACCGUUUUUAAAACAAAUGCUUUCAUAACAUAAGUAAUACCAGCUGACAGAUGAUAAUAGGGUGGGUGUAGUCAAAAAAUACCGUCCAAGUCUGCCUUUCAUAUUGUAGUAGCUAUAGGCGUAGGAGAUAUAUGCCCAUAUCAAUUUUAUCGGUUUCAUAACCCUAUGAUACCUUCGGUAUCAAAGUAUGCUGAACCGGUAUUCACCAUUGUGAAAAUAAGAAACCUAAAUGUAUAAAAAUAGUAU